AUGAGUGACCAGCUUUGCAAACUUUUUGUCGGUGGUCUUAAUGUCGACACCGACGACGAUGGCCUGAGAAAGUAUUUCGAGCAGUUCGGGACCCUGAACGACUGCGUCGUGGUGGUGAACAAGCAGCUGCAGCGGUCUCGCUGUUUCGGCUUUGUGACCUACUCCACGCCGGAGGAGGCCGACGCAGCGGUGAACGCCAAGCCGCACACAGUCGACGGCAGUGUUGUUGAGGUAAAGCGGGCCGUGGCGAGAGAAGACGCUAACAAGCCAGAGGCCCUCGCCAAAGUGAAGAAAAUCUUCGUUGGGGGCCUAAAGGAUGACAUCGAAGAGCACCAUCUGAGUGACUAUUUCUCUCAGUACGGCGAGGUCGAGAAGGCCGAAGUCAUCUCAGAGAAGGAGACCGGAAAGAAGAGGGGAUUCGGCUUCGUGUACUUCACUGACCACGAUGCGGCUGACAAGGCAGUUGUGGUCAAAUUUCACACUGUCAAUGGACACAAGGUUGAGGUAAAGAAAGCUUUGACAAAGCAGGAAAUGCAGGCAGCUAACAGAGGCGGAAUGCCGCCGAGAGGAGGAAGAGGCAGAGGCAUGAGGGGAAAUCAAAAUGGCUACGGCGGCAGGGACUAUGGGGGAAACUACAACUACGGAAAUGGCGGAGGCUACGGAAACUGUGGCGGCUAUGGAGGUUACGGUGGGCCCUACGGAGGUGGCUACGGAGACCAGGGCAGCGGGUAUGGUGGUGGAAACGGCUACAAUGAGUUCGGCAGCGGUUAUGGCCAGCAUUCGUCUGGUUAUGGCCCAAUGAAAGGCCCACCUUUCGGAGGCCAGAGAAGCGCCGCUCCCUACUCCAGAGGCGGCGGCGGCGGUGGUGGCUACCCCAGGGGGGGCUACGGAGGCGGCUAUUAA